UCUUAGGGAGGCUGAAGGAUCAGGUGGAGAAGUGACCUUUAGCGGCCCCCUGCGCUCCUCAGAUCUUGGGAGCUUCAUUCCCCAAGCAUCGCGCGAUUUCCGGACGACAUAAUCUCUCUCCCCCCCCCACCCCCCCGCCCCAGUCUCUUCCGCCCCCCUCUCCCUGCUAGGCUCGGCAGCGGACUUUCGCACAGCAGAACCUCGGGGGAGGCGUGGCGACCUUGUUUGCCGAGCUGACGGAAAGAAAAGUGGCCUCCGUUGAAGCCAGAGUUGACUAAAGUGCACUUACAAGAAGAGCCAUUCAUUGAUUUUGCACCAAACCUGAUGGGGCCUCAGUUGUCUAAGGUGGCACCAAAAGGGUGUUGGUGUCACAUACAGAAGUAAAACUGUUCCUAGACCAAAUGAUGAUGAGAGAGCUGAAGACAAAUGUAUGCUUGAGCCCCCGCAGGGGGGCUGUGUGGGAGACUAAGGAAUCUGCAGAAGACAACGCCAGUCAGAUUAAGAAAUCCUGUCCACAAAUAGAGAGUCUUCGUCCUGAGAGCGCUCAUCAUCACUUCCGAAGCUUUUGUUACCAUGAAGCAACUGGACCACUAGAGGCUGUCCACCAGCUUCAGGCAUUGUGCUAUAAGUGGCUGAGACCAGAAAGCCACUCAAAAGAACAGAUCUUAGAACUACUGGUGCUAGAGCAGUUCCUGGCCAUUCUGCCCAAGGAGACCCAGAACUGGGUGCAGAAGCAUCAUCCACAGAACAUCAGACAGGCUGUGGAUCUGGUGGAGCGCUUGCAGAGAGAGCCUGGUGGAAAACAGAAUGGGAGUUUGCCGACAUUUGAAGAUGUGGCUGUGUAUUUUACUGAGGAUGAAUGGCAAUUACUAGAACCUUCUCAGAAGAACCUCUACAAUGAUGUAAUGCAGGAAAACUAUGAGAAUGUCAUCUUUCUAGGGUUAAAGCUCAAAAAAAACACUGGAAAUGAUCAGCCUAAAUCUGUUACUGCAUCAGAAAUACAAGCACCAAAGAAGACAAGAGCGAAAGUUGCCCAGAAAACAGCAGGCAAGGAAAAGCAUGAUGACACACACAUUGUACAAACACAGGGUCAAGAUUUUACAAGGAAGAAAAGAAAGAGAGUUUCAACUUGUGAACAAGAGGUUGCAAAACGUCACAAGAGAAGCCAUACAGGAGAGAAGCCUUUUAAGUGUCAGGAAUGUGGGAAUAGCUUCAGAGUUAGCUCUGACCUUAUUAAACAUCAGAGAGUUCACACGGAAGAAAGGCCCUAUAAGUGUCAAUUGUGUGAUAGGCGCUUUAGAUGGAGUUCAGAUCUUAAUAAACACUUCCUGGCACAUCAAGGAAUAAAACCCUAUAGAUGCUCAUGGUGUGGGAAAAGCUUCAGUCAUAACACCAAUCUACACACACAUCAAAGGAUUCACACUGGAGAGAAACCUUUUAAGUGUCACGAAUGUGGGAAAAGAUUCAUUCAGAAUUCCCACCUUGUUAAACACCAGAGAACCCACACAGGUGAGCAGCCUUAUACUUGUAGUAUGUGCAGGAGAAACUUUAGCAGGCGAUCAAGCCUUCUUAGACACCAGAAACUCCACAGGAAUAGGGAAGCACAGCCUGAGUCCCUAGUCUGAGGAAAGUCACCAUAUCAAGUAACAAAAGUGUAGCAAAAUUAUGUGGUGCACAAAAAACAGAAUCUGUUACUGCCAGAAAAUUUGGAAGAGGUAUAUUUUGUAUUUCACAAAAAGCAAUCUACACCACCUCACUUAUUCAUAAAUAUUGUAUCUUCAGUGCCUGACAGAAGACUGACACAUAAUGGGGUACUUUACAAAUCAGAGGAUGAAGAUAUGAGUAUCAGAUAUAUCUGUAGCUAUUUCUAUGUUUUUGUCUGGUUACUCAGAACUUCCUCAUUCCCAGUGACAUAAAUUCUUCAAGUAUCAGGUACUCAGAAAAUGUAAGCUGGCUACGGGUCCUGCUUUUAUUUUUCAUUCUCAAGAGAUAUAGUAAAUAGUAUUUUACACCCCCCCAUUCCUUCCCCCCACCACAUACACACUUCAGAGAGAAAUCAGAAUCCCUAAACUCGGGAAGCUUUUGAGGGCUCUGAUAUGAUUUCAUGGAAAACCAAGCCACAGAGCUCAGGGAACUUUACUCUGAAACAAAUAAGAUAAUUCAAUAUUUCCCCUGGGAGAAGUAUACCUAUUUAGUUGUCUUUUUUUUUGAGUACCUAGUACUUCAUUGUCUUUUGUAAAGAAAUUCCAAGCAGCAAUGGAAGGCCUGGCCUGAAAGUCAGCAUAGGCCUAAGAAGCUUGGAAGCACUUACCUUUACUCUGUUGAUUCUUUCAAUACAGACAUAGAAUGCAAUGAAGGAGACAAUUUGAGCCCUUAUCCAAGUAUCUGUCUCUGUAAAAAAGCAUAAAGCAGUGGUGAAAUAGCCUUUGAGGCUUUAAUUAAAUGCACUAAUGGCUCUCAAAACCUUCUUAAAGAAAGGUUUUUGUUUUUUUAAAAAUUUUUGUGCUGGUACUGGGGCUUGUACUCAGGGCCUGGGCACUG